AUGAAAUCUCAAAUCAAGAAGAAGAACUUUAAUAACAAGACUACUGAGCCUAUAAGACUAUACUCCAAGGCAAUUGUUACAGGAUACAAAAGAUCGAAGGUCAAUCAAACUCCGGACAUCUCUCUACUAAAUAUAGAAGGUGUCAAGACCAAAGAAGAAGCAAAAUUCUAUUUGGGAAAGAGGUGCGCAUAUAUUUACAAGGCUAAGACGAUAAAAAAUGGCACAAAGUUUAGAGUAAUACAAGGUUUGAUUAGAAGAAGUUAUGGAAACAAUGGUGCGGUAUGUGCUAAGUUCAGAAAAGCAUUGCCACCAAGUAGCUUUGGUGGUAGAGUGAGAGUUUUCCUUUUUCCAAGCAAUAUCUAA